AUGUCGAGAAGAUACGAUUCCAGGACGACUAUAUUCUCCCCAGAAGGACGUCUCUACCAAGUUGAAUACGCUCUUGAGGCCAUCUCCCACGCAGGUACCGCAUUGGGCAUAUUAGCAAAGGAUGGAAUCGUGUUGGCAGCGGAGCGAAAGGUCACCAGCAAGCUCCUGGAGCAGGACACUUCAGCAGAGAAGCUCUACAUCUUGAACGACAACAUGAUUUGCGCCGUGGCAGGAAUGACCGCCGAUGCCAACAUCCUCAUCAACUACGCCCGCCAAGCCGCCCAAAAGUACCUUCUCACCUACAAUGAAGACAUUCCCUGCGAGCAGCUCGUUCGUCGACUUUGUGAUCUCAAGCAGGGCUACACCCAGCACGGUGGUCUGCGACCUUUCGGCGUCUCCUUCAUCUAUGCCGGCUACGACCCCCAAAGACAGUUCCAGUUGUACCAGAGCAACCCUAGUGGUAACUAUGGCGGAUGGAAGGCUACUAGCGUAGGGGCGAACAAUGCCAGUGCGCAGAGUUUGCUGAAGCAGGACUACAAGGAGGAUUGUACUUUGAAAGAGGCUUGCGCAAUGGCGGUCAAGGUUCUAAGCAAGACUAUGGACUCGACCAAGCUGAGCAGCGAGAAGAUCGAGUUUGCUACGGUGGGAAAGACGAAGGAUGGAAGAAUCUACCACCACUUGUGGGGUGCGGACGAGAUCACGACAUUAUUGAGGGAGCACGACUUGGCCAAGGACGAGAGCGGAACUGAUAGCGGAGAUCGCGUGGUCAGCUAG